AUGCUUGGCCAAGCAGGCGGCCGGUUACUUCCUACUUUUGAGGGCGAGAUCGGCUGGACAACCAUUGUGCCGUUCCUCCUGUUCUCUGCUAUACUGGGUGGGAUAGAGUGGCCAAAGUUUGCCCUCAUCACCAUCGUCGAGUCGUUGUCGGUUGUCGUCUCCGUCUCUAUCCUUCCAACGAAGCUCCCUCCAUGCAGCAGAAUUCCGCUACAAGUCUUCAACAUCGUCGCAAUGAUUAUUGCAAAUUUCACAGUGCGAAGGCUGGAGAUUUACAGGCGGCUGCGGUACCUUGAAUAUCGAUUUGCCGCCGGGCAACUUAGGCUGUUUGAAGAUGAAGCCGCACGUUUCAUCCAAGCGUCACCGGCGGAGGACGCCUUCUAUUGCGUCAAGGAAUGCGAGCGUCUCCUGUCGGAGCAGCUCUAUUCGCCUGGGAAGGGUGUCACAACAACGCAAGCUCUCUACAACUGCAUCUUGUACUUGACGCGAGCUGAAAUCAAGUUGUCCCUUUUCGAUGAGCAUGCUGCGACUGACCCGUUCCUCUUCUACCUGGAGGAGGGACCUUCUGCGUCCUCUGCCGACACGGAAGGAGUCACCGUCCCGCACAAUAGACAGGCCUCCCCACCAUCCAAAGCGUCACAAGAGACGCCAGCGGCAGUGCAGAUUGCGCUGGACAAGAGCCGCAAAGAAACCACCAGUGGUGAUGCAGCGGAGGACACAGGAUGGAGGGCAAGGAGGCAGAAAGAAAAACAAGCGCAGCGCGGGACCUCGGAAUCGACGACGCCGAAGCCACUGCCGCCAGCAGAAGAUGCUCUUUCAAACCCAGUAAAGGCAUACCGCCGGAAGCAGUACCCCUCAGGCGGACGACGUACAAUCGAGGAAAGCAGAAAAACAGCUUAUCGAGAAUUCGGAAAUGCUCUGGCAUCCACAUUUGGGUUGGCGGCCUCCGCGCGGCAAGAGAGUACGCUUCUGGGGAGCCUCCACGACUCGCAGGGGCGACCCGGACAGUCUAGCGCCUCUACUCGGACUGCAGAAGAUACAGCAGCAAAUGUACUACGUACAGAGCGAUCUGGUUCGGUAUCUGCCCUGGAAUCGAUUGACGACACUAUCCGCAGCCUGGUCGAGGGUGUUGGAGUGGACUGGGAUUUAGAUAUGUUUGAGUUAUGCAAGAAGACCAACCGGAUGACAUUGAUGGCGGCGGGCUUCUGGCUGCGGCAGUACCGACACAACCCGUACCACAAUGAGCAACACGGCGCAGCGGUCGCGCACAUGGUGGUUUUCCUUCUUUGCGCCUGCCACGCUUGGCAAAUGUACAGACCUUUACACCAGGCAGCCAUAAUAGUCGGUGCCCUUGUGCAUGACGUCGGUCACUUUGGCAUGAACAACAACUACGUGGUGAACAGCAGCCAUCCCCUGGCAAUCACCUACAAUGACAGGUCUGUAUUGGAGAGUUUUCACUCCGCUUUAGCCUUCCGGAUAAUGAAUUCACGCGGCAAUGACGAAGUCAAUAUUGCUGAGGCGUUCCUCCCGGAGGACAAGAAGGAGUUCCGCAAAUACAUUAUCGAGCUCGUGCUGGAGACAGACAUCUUCUUCCACUAUGAGUUUGUGAGUCGGUUCCGCCUCCGGCGACAGAUGUCCUCUUUGUACAGCACUUUGGGAGAAAAAACCAGCUUCCCGAAUGGAGACCAAAACAUCGUUCAGUUCGCACAUGUAUCAAGCAGAACGCGCAUGGGUGCCGAAGAGGACACCGAGGAAGAUGCUAAGGACCUUGUGUUGCUUGCGAAGGCAUGCCUGCGAAGCGCCGAUGUCGGACAUGCAGCAGUGGAGUGGCGCCAGCACUACUUGUACUCAAAAGCCGUCCAGACAGAGUUCUUUAAUCAGGGAAAGAAGGAAAAAGAGAUGGGAUUACGAAUCUCCCCGUGUUGCGACCCAGAUGCCACGGACGUAGCCAAGUGCCAGGAUGGGUUCAUAACAUUCAUCAGUCGCCCUAUCUUUGACGAGCUUUCACUUAUCAACCCAAGUGGCGCCAUAAUGCAGAAAUGUGUCCCUCUUCUCAACGGAAACUUGGCAACGUGGAACCGAAUAAAGGCAAAAGGAAUCCAGUGGGACUCUGACGAGGCGCUUCAAGAGGGACUCGACUUGGCAUCUGGGUAA